UUAUAUUAUAUCUUAUUAUUUUAAAUUAAUAUUAUUAAAAUAUAUACAUAUAUUUUUACUUGUAACAACGGGACGAAUUUUGAUACAUUCACACUUCACAGUGUUACAAGCUCAGAAUGAAAUCGCAUAUGAAACGGGGAACAUAAUACAAACAUGAUUUGAAAAAAAAAACAUUAUCCAAUAUAAAGCAAUUGUUAUAUAGUAUACUACUUAAUUCCUAUAAUAAGCACGUCUUAUUUAAAAAAGCAAUGAAUAAUGCAUUUAAAUAAUGAAAAAUUAAUAUUUUUGUUCUAACUUUUAUUCAUACAAUGGCAACUUUGUUUUUAUUCCCCGAUGUAGAAAAUUUCAAAUCAUUCGUAAACUUUGUGUUUGACGAGUGCCCAUCUUUCUUUUUCUGUGUGAUUUCUGUGACCCUGCUUUUCUUUUUCGGACUAUUGUGUGAUAACUUUUACGACGACCUUUGCCUACUAUACUACGCCAUGUCUAACAGAACCGAAAAUUUGAAGCGGAAGAGAGAUCCAACCUUUGUCGCAAGUGAAAAAAUGGCGUUAGUGGAUCUGGUGGAGAAACACUUUGCUAUUGUAGAGUGUAAAAAAACCGAUGCCACAACAAUACGCAGCAAAAAUCAGGAGUGGCAAAAAAUUGCAGAAGAAUUUAAUUCUGUUUCGUCAGUCCAUCCAAGAGAAUGGAUUGUUUUGAAAAACUGCUGGGAAAACUUAAAGAAGAGAGCCAAAAGUGAGCAGACAGCACGUAACCAACAUUAUUUGGGAACAGGAGGAGGUCCACCCAGGAAAUUGACUGUAGAUCCAGCAAUCGAUCGAGUUCUAGAUCUUAUCCAGACUAGAGUGUCUGGAUUUGUUAAUGUGUAUGACUCCGAUGGCACUCAUAUUUUAGCAUCCGGUAACAAUCCAAGCACAUCAGUGGCCGACCAGGCACCUCAAAAUGAUAUAUUAUUAUAUUCAAAUGAUGCCAGUGCUACUCCUGUACUUGAUGUACAGGACUCCACGGAGGCCGCUGUAGUUACUGAGACAGCUGCUGCUACAUUUGAAGUUGACUGGUCUCAGUACACUCCAGCAAUGUUGAGAGCACCAGUUACCACAGCACUUGUUGCCUCAAGGAGUCCAUCACCUGAGGCAACUGGCAGUAGAGUGGAACCUCCACCACACAAAAGAACAACUAUCACUCCACCUAGAGUUAUAUCCACUGAACGUCCUAUAGCGACGGCAAGUCGCAGAAGGCCAAUUUUAAGGCGUGAAAGCCUUAACGCGCAACGCAUCAACACAUUACUAAAUUGUAAUAAAAAUGCUGAUGAAGAACAUGCCGCAAAUAUGGCAAUUUUGCGGCUUCAAGAGCAGAGGGAGGAAGAAAUGCUGGUUCAAGAAAAAUUAAAAACGGAACAAGAAAAAAUAAAACUAGAAAUUUUGAAAAUACAAUUAAAAAAAUUACAAGAUUAUUUAUAAGUAGUUUUUAU